AUGUCUACCGUUGUGGACGCCUACUGGGCUGCGCCGGCCAUAGCUAGAACCGUCGCAACUCUCGUAUUCGUUUGCUCCCUCGGGGUCUACACUGAAUUGUUCUCCAUCGGUCCCUUCUGGUUUCACUGGCGCUUCCUCUUCAAAUUCCCGCCUGCUGUCUAUCGACUCGUAACGAGCUUCUUGAUCACCGGCCCCCAGAUCGGCGUCCUCCUAGACACAUACUUUGUCUACUCCUACUUGAGCCAGCUCGAGAAGGGAAACUCCAAGUUCUCGCGCAAGGAGGACCUGAUCUGGUACUUGAUGGUUGUCGGCAGCGUCAUCAUUUUCCUGGACCAAGCUUUUGUUGGUUUCGGUCGCUAUCUUCCGGCACUGCUAAUCGCCAUUUGUUAUACGGCCACCCAAGAUCAGAGGGGUCAGAUGGCACACUUCUACGUAGUCACAAUUCCUGCUCAGCUCAUGCCUUACGCUCUGCUUCUCUUGAAUCUGCUGAACGGAUGGAUCAUGGUCCAGAUCUGCUUGUGUGGCUUGGUGGCCGCACAUUUCCACGACUUCUGCACUAGACUGUAUCCAGAAUUCGGUGGGGGCCCGAAUCUCUUGCCCACGCCGUGGUUUCUCUCGUGGAUCAUGUCCACGCCUCGUGUGUCAAACACUUCGUAUGGUUCCUCGUACGUCCCGCCGAGGGAUGAUCAGCCCCGAGGCGGACCACUGCCAGAUUCCUGGAGGAGUGCAGGUCCCGGUCGACGACUAGGUUAG